AUGGCGGCGACCAAGCGUUUGUCCACACGAGAUGUUGACUACGCGCAAUUAAAUAAUUUUAGCUCUGUUGUUUUAUACAACAAUACUGCCCCGCGAAAGAAAAAAGGAAAGACUUUUCAAGUUGAAAGAAUAAUCGGAAGAAAGAAGGAAAAACACGUAAGUAUUAAAGUGAAAUUAGCUGAAUUUACAACUUAAAAUUUCUCUUAAGAAUAAAUGUCUGUACUAAAAGUUGACAUUUUGAAGUAUUGACUCGUUAGUCAUUAUGUUAUUCUUGAUUUUGUUAUAUUAGGACUAUCUAUAUCUUAUUAAAUGGGAUGGAUGGCCUCUACACUCGUGCACAUGAGAACCUUCUGCUCAUUUGCCUGAUAGUUUACUAAGGUAAAGUUAAAGUGACGAUGAUAGACUUACACUAUUAAAUUUACACACGAUUCUGAUUCUCUUAUUUCUACACAUGAUACAUAUUAACCGAAUUUCUUCUGUCAUGUUGUUUCAAGGGGUUAUGAGAGACCGCCAAAGCCUUCUGCCAGCAGAUUGGAGACAACUGCCAGAGCAUUUACAUGUGGUGUUUUGUGCAUGCUGAAGUCCAAAUCAAUGGGUAAUGGAUACAUCGAGCUCGAUCUUGAUUACUGGCGUUAUGUUACCCAGGGUAAAGGGACACCAUCACAGCACAGAGGCCAUUUUAUGUUUGAAAAGAACGAUUUUGAUCGCCUUCCAAUGCUACCUCCCGACUGGUGGUAUUAUUUUAAUGUACAUGGGGAAGGUAAGAAAACAGACUUUCCCAUCAAGAUUAAGCCUGUAAUUGGUUGGUCACCAAAGAAGCAUGUCUUUGAUGGCAAGAAAGUUGUACCGGGACCAAGGUUUCCAAUUGAAAAACUAAGUGUUUCCUUUGCUCGGCUACCCUGUAAUGAGAGAAAUCUUUUUAGUUAAAGAAACAAAUUGUAUUAUAUACAAUAAAGGAUUAGUGUCUCACCAUGAUAUUACAGGGUCAAAUUCUUGCUUGUGGCUAUUUUAUGGGCCGAGUAGAUCAAUUGAUCUAACCUGUUGUACAGUAUACAUUUAUACUAUCAUCUGAGAAUCUUUGCUUGUUUUAUCUGAUUCUAUUUAUAAAUGUACCAAACAAGGUAUUGUUAAUUAAGCCCAAAAUACCAUGGUGUGACACCAAGGGGCCGAUUACAUGGAGCAUUUUCAACCCCGGGGUUGAACUCGGCCCUGUUAACCGGGUUGAAAUUUUUUGCGAUUACAUGGACGAUUUCAACCCCG